UAUAUAUAUAUAUAUAUAUAUGUAUAUAUAUUUGGUGUGUGAAGAUGAUGUACGAGGAGCAACAGCAGCAAGUGAGGACGAUGAUGAAUAGUGCGAGGAAUAAGAUGAGAUCACAGGUGAAGGUGGAUAGUAAUAGGAGGAGGAGCGGAUCAACGGCUGGGAAUGGAGUAGAGGAAGAUCAACGGCUGGAAAUAGUUGACCUUAGUGGGAUGUCUUUGGAUGAACUCCCUAUUCCAUCUCUCAAUUUAGCUGCCAUCUGCAAAUUAGACCUCUCUAAUAACAAUCUCCAGAAUAUUCCAGAAUCAUUGACAGCAAGGCUCCUGAACUUGAUCGUAUUCGACGUGCGAUCCAAUCAGCUCAAAACACUCCCGAAUUCGAUCGGUUGUUUGUCAAAGCUCAAGGUUUUGAAUGUAUCAGGCAACCUUAUUCAAUCACUUCCUAGGACCAUUGAAAACUGCAGAUCUCUUGAGGAGUUGAAUGCAAAUUUCAACAAGUUAAGCCAACUACCGGACACAAUCGGGUUCGAGCUACAAAACCUAAAAAAACUCUCCGUAAACUCGAACAAGCUCGUCUUCCUCCCCUACUCAACCUCCCACCUCACGAACCUCCGAGUCCUCGACGCCCGCCUCAACUGCCUCCGGAGCCUUCCGGAAGAUCUCGAAAACCUAAUCAACCUCGAAAUCCUCAACGUGAGCCAAAACUUCCAAUACCUAGCCGAACUCCCGUACUCGAUCGGCCUCCUCAUUUCUCUAGUCGAACUGGACGUGAGCUACAACAAAAUUACGGCCCUACCGAACUCCAUCGGCUGUCUCAAGAAGCUGCAGAAGCUCAGCGUGGAAGGGAAUCCACUCGUUUCGCCACCUGCCGAGAUUUUCGAGCAAGGGUUGAAUAUGGUGAAGGAGUACUUGUGCGAUAAGAUAAACGGUACGAGCAAGGCUUCACAUGGCAAUAAGAAGAAUUCGUGGUUCGGGAAGUUGGCCAAGUGUGGGACUUUUAACGGCGUGAAUUUGCCCGCGGGGGAUAGAGAAGGGUUUAUUAUGCCGAGUUAUAGAUCGAUCGAUGGCAUGGCUUCGCCUAGGUAUAUGGGCAUGUUUUCUCCGAGGAGGCUCUUUUCGCCUAAGACCUACUUUUCGAGAUGAAUUAUUAUU